UCUCUGUUCUCUGCAUCUGGACACCAGAAGUCCCGAUAUUUCCUUCGGAUUCUAGACGACAACAAUAAUGGCAUGACACAAAGUACACAACCAACCAGCUUGGCCACGAGUUCAACACGCGCCCAUAUCUAACUCUCAAUCUCAUCCGUCCACUUGUCACCCCAUCCAAUGGCCCACAUCAAUCUUUCCCUGCCCUUAUAACCCUCACUCAUGGCCACCACAUGCCCUAUCUGUCUUCGCCUCUUCACCACAAAUUCAACACUCACAAACUCUUUCAUUUCCUUUCCUCUGUUUUCCUCUGUUUCACUCUGUUUUUCUCUCUUUUUCUCUUCGAAAUCAUGCUGCUCAAGACUGUUCCAUCGUGUUCUCUCUUGAACCCACAUGUGGAAACUCUGUCUUCUCCUCUGCCACAGCCAUCUUCGUUUUCAUUUUCUCCUCUGAACUCUUCGGCUGCUCUGGCUUCUUCGAGCCUGCGUUUCUCUCCAGCCAAAAAAGACACAAACUUUGUGGUCUGUGCCUCAAAGGGUGGUGCGAAUAGCAAGCCUCUGAUCGGUGUGGUGUUUGAGCCCUUUGAAGAGGUUAAGAAAGAGCUCGAUCUUGUUCCCACUGUUCCACAACUCUCUCUCGCUCGCCAGAAAUAUUCGGAUGAAUGUGAGGCCGCGAUUAACGAACAGAUCAAUGUGGAAUACAAUGUUUCGUAUGUCUACCAUGCCAUGUUUGCCUACUUUGAUAGGGACAACGUUGCGCUGAAGGGUAUUGCCAAGUUUUUCAAGGAAUCCAGUGAAGAAGAAAGGGAUCAUGCUGAGAAAUUCAUGGAAUAUCAGAACAAACGGGGUGGAAGAGUGAGGCUGCAGUCUAUAGUGAUGCCUUUAUCUGAAUUUGAUCAUGCAGAGAAGGGAGAUGCCUUAUAUGCUAUGGAGCUUGCAUUGUCUUUGGAGAAACUGACAAAUGAGAAACUCCUCAACUUAUACAGUGUGGCUGAUCGGAACAAGGAUGUGCAGUUGGCAGAUUUUGUUGAAAGCGAGUUUUUAACUGAGCAGGUGGAAGCCAUCAAGAAGAUCUCUGAAUAUGUUGCUCAGCUGAGAAGAGUGGGCAAAGGGCAUGGAACCUGGCACUUUGAUCAGAUGCUGCUUGACGAGGCUUGAUGUUAAAUCAUUUCAUUACUUUAUGUUUACUUUUUUCGUGAGGGUUCGAUGCAGUCUUUCAUGUUAGUAGUUCUUCGUUUAAAGAUGCUGUGAGGGCUCUCUGCAGUCUUUCAUGUAUAAGUUUUUCAUUUAGAGAUGCUGUGGUUAAAAUUUUGUGACGGGUUAAAAAGGAAAAAUGUAUGUGCACUUAUUUUAGUCUUCUUAAUAAAAUGUUAAAAGUUUAUCGAUGCCA